AUGGUUGAAAGAACAGCCAGCGCCCAUCUGCUAAAGGAUGACAGCCGAGCCGAGAUCGAGCUCAUGGCCUGCUGCGUCACUCAAAUCGUCCCGUUAUGGGACUUGUUCACAAACCCCCGUAGGACACAAUUCAUCGCUGUCGAUGUUCCAUUCCUCGACAACAUUCGAUGUAUAGUUAGCCAUUCCUAUAUAUCUGGACCUGCGCUUGCUGACAAAUGCGGAACAGAGCAAACUUCACUGGUUGAAAGAACAGCCAACGCCCAUCUGCUAAAGGAUGACAGCCGAGCCGAGAUCGAGUUCAUGGCCUGCUGCGUCACUCAAAUCGUCCCGUUAUGGGACUUGUUCACAAACCCCCGUAGGACACAAUUCAUCGCUGUCGAUGUUCCAUUCCUCGACAACAUUCGAUGUAUAGUUAGUUAG